AUGGGAGUUCUUCACCUUCACCAUAAAACAUUGCAACUUGCACGUCUAUCUUUAAAGAUACCAUCCAGCCGCUCGCUGCCUCCGACUCUCUGCAGGUUUAAACCUAAAUCUUUAUCUCAUCACACUGUUAGAACGCCGCAUAACUCCAAUUCCACCGCAAAGAUGAGCGAGAUCACCCACCCCACCAUUAAGGAUGGAUGGUUUUCUGAAGUCUCCGACAUGUGGCCUGGUCAGGCCAUGAACCUCCGGGUCAACCAGAUUCUUCACCAUGAGAAGUCCGAUUACCAAGACGUCCUUGUCUUCGAGAGCAGUGACCACGGCACUGUUUUGGUCCUGGAUAAUGUUAUCCAGUGCACUGAGCGAGACGAGUUUUCUUACCAGGAGAUGAUCACCCACCUCGCCAUGAACUCCCACCCCAACCCCAAGAAAGUGCUUGUUAUCGGUGGAGGAGACGGCGGUGUCCUUCGAGAGAUUGUCAAGCACGACACUGUCGAAGAAGCCGUGCUCUGUGAUAUUGACGAGGCCGUCAUCCGAGUGUCUAAGAAAUACCUCCCCGGAAUGAGCGUUGGAUUCCAGCACCCCAACGCCAAGGUCUAUGUCCGUGACGGUUUCAAGUUCCUCGAGGAACAGAAGAACCAAUUCGACGUUAUUAUCACAGAUAGCUCCGACCCCGAGGGCCCAGCCGAGGUUCUAUUCCAGAAGCCAUACUUCGAGCUUCUAUAUGGCGCUCUCCGUGAAGGAGGUGUCAUUAGUACUCAAGCUGAAAACCAAUGGCUCCACCUCUCCAUGAUCACCGAGCUGAAGAAGCUCAUGCGUGAGGUUUUCCCCGUCGUCGAGUACGCAUACACCACUAUCCCAACUUAUCCAUCAGGUCAGAUUGGCUUCUUAGUCGCCUGCAAGGAUGCAGAACGCAACGUCCGCGAGCCCCUUCGCAAGUGGAGCAGAGAAGAGGAGGAUAAACUCUGCAGAUACUACAACCAAGAAAUCCACCGUGCUAGCUUCAUUCUUCCCAACUUUGCUCGAAAGGCCCUCGAAUAA